UUGGCAACGCCUAUUAUUAAUAAAAUCGAAAGUCGAACGAAAAUAGCGUUGUUUAGAUUUCGAAGUAAUGCUCGAUUCUUCAUUUUAGUUUUCUGAUUUAUUAUUUAAUCCGUAGUUAUGGCAGGCUUUGUGACUUGUGGGCCGAAUGAAGCCUUAGUAGUAUCAGGAUGUUGUCAUACAAAUCCUUUGAUGGUGCCAGGUGGGAGAGUUUUUGUAUGGCCUGUUAUUCAACGAGUACAAAGAAUUACAUUAAAUACCAUGACAUUAACCAUUGAAAGUCCAAAAGUAUAUACUCAACAAGGAGUACCAAUUUCAGUUACUGGAAUUGCUCAAGUUAAAAUACAGGGGCAAAAUGUUGAGAUGCUAAGAGCUGCUUGCGAACAAUUUCUUGGAAAGAAAGAUUCUGAUGUAAUGCAUAUAGCUAGAGAAACUUUGGAAGGACACCAAAGAGCCAUAAUGGGAACUAUGUCUGUAGAGGAAAUCUACAAAGACAGGAAGAAGUUCUCGAAACAAGUGUUUGAGGUUGCUUCAUCUGAUUUAGUCAAUAUGGGGAUAACUGUUGUUUCUUAUACAAUAAAGGAUAUAAGUGAUGAUGAGGGUUAUUUAAAAGCUCUUGGAAUGGCUAGAACUGCUGAGGUGAAGAGAGAUGCCAGAAUGGGGGAAGCAGAAGCUCGCCGAGAUUCACAAAUAAAGGAAGCUAUUGCAGAAGAGGAAAGGAUGGCAGCUAGAUAUCUCAAUGACACAGAAAUUGCUAAAGCACAGAGGGAUUUUGAAUUGAAGAAAGCUGCAUAUGAUAUGGAAGUUAACACCAAAAAAGCUGAAUCAGAUCUUGCUUAUAAUCUUCAAGCAGCAAAAACUCGCCAAAAAAUUAAAGAAGAGCAGAUGCAAGUAAAAGUUAUUGAAAGAACUCAGGAUAUCCAAGUUCAAGAACAAGAAAUUAUGCGAAGGGAGAGGGAGUUAGAGGCCACUGUAAGACGCCCUGCUGAAGCUGAAAAGUAUAAAUUGGAAAAAUUGGCAGAAGCCAACAGAAAUCGUGUCAUAAUGGAGGCGGAAGCAGAAGCUGAAGCAAUCAGGCUUAGAGGAGAAGCAGAGGCUUUUGCAGUGGAAGCCAAAGCGAAAGCUGAGGCAGAACAAAUGGCUAAAAAAGCUGAUGCAUUUAGAGAAUACAAAGAUGCAGCAAUGGUAGACAUGUUUUUGGAAACUUUGCCCAAAGUUGCUGCUGAAGUUUCAGCUCCAUUGUCUCAGUGCAGGAAGGUCACUAUGGUUUCAUCAGGUAAAGGUGACGUUGGGGCUAGUAAAUUAACAGGUGAAGUUAUGGAUAUAAUUUCUAAAGUUCCACAAGUUGUAAGUCAGUUGACUGGGGUGAACAUCACUCAUGUAGUCCAUGAAGCUUGCUCAAGCGGCAAUGUGAGUUUGUUUUCAAGCCCAUUCUUCAGAUAUUACUCCACUGAAAAAUCGCUUUAAUUAAUGUGUGAAUUGAUAUUUGCGCUUUAAAUUUUGUAAAUAUUCAAGUGAUUGCAAUUUUUGCUACUUUUGAUCUUACAACUUUUAUAAACGAUUAUUUGCUAAUGCAAUUUGACACUUUAUAUGUGUGUGAUUUUUCAAUAUAAGAAAUUUUUUCUGAUUAUAGUUUGUGCCUUUGUCAUGUUGAAUAAGUUCAUAAUUGCAUGAUGGCCCAUUUUAGGAUGGUCUAAUUUUUUUCGCAUUAAUGAAUUGUUUGAUAAAAUUGUAUUAUAAGAAUUAUUUUUACCACAACCAACUCAUGCUUUUAAUAAAUGACCCAAAAUAUUUUUUUAAAAUUAUAAUUAAUUUUUUAAAUUUUUUUUUAGGAAAAAUAGUUUAAAAUUUUAAAUAUUUUGUUUCCAAAACAUUCUGGUUUUGUCAAAUUAACGAAAUUAUUAAGAUAUGUUGAUUUUACAUCAGAGUUCUUAUCAGACUGUACAGAUGUAUUUAAUUAGAAGCAUUACUUAAAUAUAUAUUUAGUUUUUAUAAAAGUUGUUUCUUCUGAUUUAAGUUAGCAGCAUAAUAAGAAAAAGACCAAUCUCAGUGGGCUAUUUUGUAACUUCAUCACUCAUGCUAUAUAUUUUAACAAUCCACAUUUGUAUAUUUUAAAGUAUCAACUUAACCAAUGCAGCUUUUAAAAUUUUAUAUAAAUUUUGUACAGCUUAAACUUUAUUUUGUUAAUGACUUUUUAUAAUAUAUUUAUAAUUUAUGGGCAUUAUUGCAAAUACAUUUAUUUUGAUUAUGUUAUGAAUAUUUAAUGAAAAUUUAUUUUAUACCAUCUUGUUGAAUCUCAAAGCAGAAAUCAUUUUAUACGUCAUCUAGUUGUUUUAUUGUGCAAACUUUUCUUCAUGUACUGAAAGCAUAUUACGAGGAAAAAAUAAGCACAGUAUAUUGUAUAAUCUAAUCAUCAUUCUUGAUUUUAUGUAGUGCCAUUUUGUUUAUUACUGUAAUCUUAUAAUUUCGCUAUUACAUUUAUUAUGUGAGCUAACAUUUUAAAGAAAAAUUAUAUUUUUAUAGUUCCUUUUUUCAGCUUUUAUUUUUAUGUGAUAGUUUUUUUCCCACUCCAUUCAGGAAAACAAGAAGUUGAGAUUAAAUACAGUUUAUAGUGAUGGUUAUCACUUCAUUUAGCUAUGAAAAUGAAUUGAAUGAUGACAAAUUUUUCUAAUGCUUAAAUUGAAAAUUACUAUUUAAAAUUUAUUAAUUUUAUUUAAUGCUUUUUCAUUAUAUAUUUUGUUCAAAGUUUGCCAUUUAUGUAUUCUAUUUUAUUCUUUCAGUAUGUGUAAAUUUUUGCAUUGUGUUGAAUUAAUUAUUCGAACAAUAAGUUUAUGUAUAAAGGUUGGUAUUGAUGGCAGUUAACACUUCAUUUAACCACAAAAAUGAAGUGAAUAAUGCCGAAUUAUAAUUGAUAAAUAUAUUUUUUAAAAUUUUUUUUUUACACAUAAUGUAGUAUCUUUAUUAAAUUUCACUGUCUAGUUUUCCUGAAUGGAUUAUAGUCUAUUCAUAUACUUAUGUUUUUGAACUAUUUGGUCAGUAUUUGUCAAAAUAAUACGUUGUAUUUUUUAUUUUUGUUAUAUUUUAUAUAUAUAUGUACUAGAAUAUUUUUUUCAUUAGCCUGUAAUUAAAAUUUUCAAAAGAAUUUUUAAAACAUUUCUUCAUUAAAACAACAUUAUUUAGUUAUUCACAAACUUUAUUAAACUUUCGUACAAACUUCAUUAUGUAAGAUUAUCUUUUUUUCUCUGUAUCUGUUUAGUAACAAAUUUUCUAUGCCUGAGAAUAUUCUUAGUUGAAUACUAUACAAUCAAAUUUUGCUCAAAGAUUAUGACUUAACUUACAAACAAAAACUUACUGCACAGUUAUAAAUAUUAUUUUAAAAAUAUUUGUUAAUUAAAUUUGUUUAAAAUGAAUAUAUUAAUUUUCUUGACCCCAUAUUUAUUUAAAAAAUUUUUCUUCAGGGUAAAGCUUUCAACAAUAGUUUGUUGAAAUUUGUUUUUGAUCAUAUUUUGUAGACUAUUUUGAACCUUUUUUGUUUUGCAUUUGCCACAUAAUCCUGAUUGAAUUAGGCAACUAAUUUUAUUGAUUUUGAGCAUCUUUUAUCUUCUAAUUUUUUAAAAUUGUUUUUAAGUCUGAUGGAUGUUUCUAUUGUUUUAUUGUUUAAGGUAAGUUAAUGUUAGUUUGGCUUGAUUCAUGUUAUUAUUAAAUUCCCCUUUUUUGUUUUAUUGUAAAUUAUUUUAAAGAUAAGAUCUAGUUUUUCCUUUUAAUAAUUAAAAUAUCCUAUGUGUUGAUACUUUUUUUAUUUUUAUUUUCUUGCUUUUGUAAAUAAACAAGAAUAUUAUUUUUGCACUCAAUGUAGCUUUAGAAUUUCUCGCAGCUCAAAGUGUGCUAUAACCAAUAUUUCAAUGGUUACCAAAGAAAUUCUAUUAUACAACCAUUUACAAACUUUAUAAAUGUGUUAUUGUUAUAUUUUAUAGGUAAUUUUGAGUGAAAAAAAAAGUGUAUUUUAGCAAUAGAAAUUGUAUAGCUAACAAAUUCAGUAUACCUUAUAGUUGCCCUCUGUAGAUUAUCUUGAUUAUUUGCAUAUUACUGAAUGUAGUGUUAAUAAAGUGUUUUAUCUCUUCAAA